AUGGCCAAUGCCGUCAAGCCGACCGGCUCCCUCCCGCCGAACGCUCGCUGCUACUCCGGCGGCCAACACUUCAGCUUGUUACCUUGCCGGAUGAUGUCGACGCGACCGAGCAGAGCCUCGCGCUUGCGCCUUGGGGUCGCCAGAGCUAGCCGUUGCAGCAGCAUGCAGCAUGAGAAGGGAAGAGAGACUAGAGAUGCUGGGAGCAACUCCAGUAUAAGAAAAGCAUAUAUGGUGUAUAGUUCAGAAGGACUAGGAAGCACGCAGGACCGGAGUGUAGACAAGUCUGGCAGUGCAGUACCAGAGGCAUACACGAGAAAUCUGCACUGCCAACUUUCCACGGUCGAUGUGCUUCAGAAUAUGGGGAUUUCUCGGCAUUUCGCCGGUGACAUCAAGAGAAUCCUGGACAUGGCAUACAGCCGCUGGUUACAGAGAGACGAGGAAAUUAUGCUGGACGUGGCAACAUGUGCCAUGGCAUUUCGUAUUUUUCGGAUGAAUGGAUAUGAUGUUUCUUCCGAUGAGCUGUCUCAUUUUGCUGAAGCCUCUGCCUUCCAUAAUUCACUUGAAGGAUAUUUGAGUGAUACAAGAUCUUUACUAGAAUUACACAAGGCUUCAAAGGUCACUAUCUCAGAAGAUGAGUUUAUCUUGGAUAGUAUAGGCUCCUGGUCAGGUUUCUUACUGAAGGAACAGCUGAUAUCCAGUGAUGCGCAAACAACUCCACUCCUCAGAGAGGUGGAGUAUGCUCUAAACUAUCCCUUCUACACCACAUUGGAUCGUCUAGACCACAGGAGGAACAUCGAAAAUUUUGACGUUACAGGCCAUCAGAUGCUAAUAACAUCAUUAUUGCCUUUUCAUACCAAUGAAGAUAUAUUAGCUUUGGCUGUCAGAGACUUCAGUAGCUCUCAAUCCAUUUACCGGGAAGAACUUCAGCAUCUUGUAUGGGCUCUGCAGUGGCUGGAUUUGCUGAGGUCUAUGAUGACCGAGGUACAAUGGCGGAUGAGCGAAUAUGUGCCAACGGCAGAGGAAUACAUGACAAAUGCUGCUUUGACAUUUGCGUUAGGCCCCAUUGUACUGCCUGCAUUGUAUUUUGUUGGGCCAAAGAUACCGGAGUCUGUUGUCAGAGAUCCAGAAUACUGCGAGUUGUUCAGGCUGAUGAGCACAUGUGGCCGUCUCCUGAAUGAUGUUCAAAGCUACGAGAGGGAAGACAGCCAGGGCAAGCUGAACAGUGUCUCUCUGCUUGUUCUUCACAAGGGCGGCUCCAUGUCCACAGAGGAGGCCAGAAGGGAGAUACAGAAGCCCAUAGACACCUGCAGGAGAGACCUGCUAAGAUUGGUUCUCAAGGAAGAAAGUGCUGUUCCUAGGCCCUGCAGGGAGCUGUUCUGGAAGAUGUGCAAGGUGUGCUUCUUCUUCUACUCCCGGACUGAUGGGUUUAGCUCAUCGGUGGAAAAGGCCAGCGAGGUGAACGCAGUGAUCAACGAGCCGCUGCAACUCGAUGGAAGCAAUGGAUCUCUGUCUCUGUCACUAUAAGGUGGUGUAACUGCGUCGAUGCCUCACCAGAGGUGGUAGGAAUGUCAGGGGAAAUACGGAAUAUUGUUGUACGG